CUCUUUUUGCUACGGCUCGAGCUUUUUGAGUGUUUUUGGGGAAGCUCAGAAAAUGGCACACAAGCGAGACGCUCGAUUCACGCUGGACUUGGCGCGCACUCUGCCGCAGGACUCGACUGCCACGGACGCAUCUGGCAGCAGCAGCAGCAGCACGAGCAUUAGCACCAGCAACAACAGUGGCAGCGGCGAGCUCCUCAGUGGCUACGACGCCACGUUCCGAGGCUCAGCGGAUGCACGCACUGCUCGAAACCCAGAGGCCCUCGCACAGCUCAAGUCAAUGAAAGCAUGGGAGAUGGCUCUGGCACCGGCAAAGUCAGUCCCCAUGAACGGAUUCAUGAUGUGGAUGGCUGGCAACUCGAUUCACAUUUUCAGCAUCAUGAUCACCGUCAUGAUGCUCAUCACGCCCGUCAAGGCAAUCUUCUCGACUGGAACCACUUUCGCCAAGCUCACGGAAGAUGGCAAAUCCCAGCUCCUGCAGCAAAAGCUCGUGUUUAUUCUGGCAAACUGCCUUUCUAUCGGCAUGGCCAUGUACAAAUUCUCCGUGCUCGGUCUGCUUCCAACAUCCCCGUCCGAUUGGUUGUCCUUCCUCGAUCCCAAGCAGAUCUUGGAAGUCUCUGUUGGCAGCACGGCUGCUGCGCCGAUGUGAUUUGCGUUGCGGCUUUUGGACAACAAAAUGUUUCCUGGAUGUACAUCAUUUUUUCAAUUUUUUUUUGGCGUUUUAACAUGUUGGCGA